AUGCGGAAAUGGACGUGGGACUCGGACUCCCAGGAAACUUUCGACGAGGUCAAGGGAAUCAUAGCCAAGGCAGUGGCAUUAACUAUGCCAAGGCGGGGCCGUGGUUUCGUGGUUAUGACAGACGCAUCAGGCACUGGCUUAGGGGGUAUUCUCCUCCAGAGGGGCGAGAACCAACAGCCAGCCUUGUGCGCCUGUAUCUCACAGGCAUUCACGGAGACGGAACGAAAAUGGAGUACGACGGAACGAGAGGCGUACGCGAUAGUGCGCAGUUUGGAGAAGUUCGCAGGCAUGGUGCAGGGCGAGCCCAUUGUCGUGGUCACGGACCAUAAAGCUCUGACUGCAUUAGACACCACGGAGCAAGGGAAAUUAAUGCGAUGGAGGAUGAAACUCUGCGAAUACGAUGUGCAGUUUAAAUACGUGGAGGGCAACUCCAACCUUAUUGCGGACUGGCUCAGUCGACUCCAUCCCGAUCAUGACCGCACGGUCGACGCCAUCGCGGUCCCCGUUUACUAUACUGCCGUGACCCCCCCUCUAGCACCCGGCAUGCUCAAGCGGGCUCAGCCACCUCUGGAGCUUCAGGCUCUCCUGCGCCAGAGUGACCACGGCUGGUACCACUCGCGAACCGGGGCCGCUUAUAUCCCAGAACCGGGCCGAAAAGCAGCGCUGAACCUUCUACAUGGGUGUGCCCAUAGUGGGCAUGCGGGGUUCAACCGAUGCUACCGACGGGCCCGGGGUGCCAUCUGGUGGCCCACGCUAUAUCAGGACCUGCGGGCUCACAUUCAGAACUGCGUCAUCUGCGCUAUUCACCGGCCCCACUCCCGUAGCGAGCAUCCUGAGAGGACACUGAAACGAGUGGUACUCGGAGAGCUGGUUAGCCUUGAUUUCGUGGUCAUGGACAAAAGGAGCGGCACUCACAGUCAGAUACUGGUCAUUAUCGAUCAUGCCACUCGGUUCAUGAUGGCAAAAUUCACUUCACCCGCCUCCGUCCCCGGUGCGGAGCGCGUCUUCCUCCGGGA